UCCAGAAAGCAAGGAAUAUCAUGUUUAUAAUGGGUGAAGCACACCACCCAGAUCACUGUGAGUGCUGCUUUAGCUUGAUGUUUUCUGACAGUCUUAAAAUCCAGCUAGAGGAGGUGGAGUAAAUUCAAGAAUCUGCUUUUUCCGUGUUGUGAGGAAACUCUUUUAAAUGUAAUCAGGGCCUUUUGAUGUUGUGAAAGAGAAAUGAUGGAUGUGUCUUUUGGGUGAGAAGCGUGCCUGUUCAGACUGCCUCUGUUACACAACAGUGUUUGACUUGAGAGAAUGGGGCUGAUGAUUCUGAGCUUCAGUAAUGUUUCCGAAGCAGUGUGACAUCACUCCAGUAUCGGUUUUCCAGCCAGGCUAGCAACUCUCACAACCAGGAUGCUUUUUCUUAGUGCCAGGACUGUGUGCAGCUCAUUGGGGAACAGCUUCAGACAAAAGGGUUGCUCCUGAUAUUUUCCCAAGUGCUGCUUGUUUUAAGGCUUUGGCGAAGAAUGAAUAUCUCCGAAGGCUGUCAUAAUGAACGAAAAGUGACCUGCAAGCAUCCUGUCACAGGGCAACCAUCACAGGACAACUGCAUAUUCGUUGUCAAUGAACAGACGGCUGCAACUAUGACAUCGGAAGAAAAGAAAGACCGGCCAAUAAACAUGAUAAGUGAAGCUGCACACUAUAAUUUGACAUCAGAUUAUGCUGCGCAUCCAAUGAGCCCUCUGGGCAGAACAUCACGCUCAUCAAAGAAAGUUCAUAAUUUUGGGAAGAGGUCAAACUCAAUAAAAAGAAAUCCUAAUGCUCCUGUCGUUAGACGAGGAUGGCUUUAUAAGCAGGAUAGCUCUGGUAUGAAGCUCUGGAAGAAACGAUGGUUUGUCCUUUCUGAUCUGUGCCUCUUCUACUAUCGGGAUGACAAGGAAGAGGGGAUAUUGGGAAGCAUACUUCUUCCUAGCUUUCAGAUAUCUAUGCUCUCUUCUGAGGAUCACAUCAACCGCAAAUACGCUUUUAAGGCAGCUCAUCCAAACAUGAGGACCUAUUAUUUCUGCACAGAUACAGGGAAGGAAAUGGAAUUAUGGAUGAAAGCCAUGAUAGAUGCAGCGCUUGUACAGACAGAGCCAGUGAAAAGAGCAGAAAAGAUAACUGCUGAAAACACACCACCUCGCGAAAUGAACAACAUUGCAAACCAUCGGGUGCUAAUUAAACCAGAGGCACAGAAUAAUCAGCGGAACAAAGAAGUGAGCAAAAUGGAAGACAAAAAGGCCUUAGAAGCUGAAAAAUAUGGAUUUCAGAAAGUCGGGCGUGAUAGACCCUUGACAAAAAUAAACAGCGUCAAACUGAAUUCUUUGGGCUCGGAGUAUGGCACUCUGCCAGUAAGCACAGUUCCGUCAGGACACUACAGGCCAGCUCAUUUGAAUGGCUCAGAGAAAACUGUCAACCUAAUUCUAGCAGACUCUGGGGACGGAAUCCAUCACAAUGCUAUUCCCUCGCAUAUAGAGUCUGAACGGGUUAUACAGAGAACUAAUUCAAUGCUGCAGUUGGAACAGUGGAUUAAAAUACAGAGGGGAAAGGGACAAGAUGAAGAAAUGAGAGGCAUAAUUUCAUAUCAGACGUUGCCAAGAAACAUGCCAAGCCAUCGAGCCCAAGUUGUACCUCGGUACCCAGAAGGUUAUCGAACCCUACCAAGGAACACCAAAUCCAGGCCCGAAAGCCUCUGCAGUGUGGCACCGUCUAUUUACGACAAGACCCUUGGCUCACUGCCAGGCGAAGACAAGAGGAGAUCUAUGAGAGAUGACACCAUGUGGCAACUCUACGAAUGGCAACAACGGCAGUUUUACAAUAAGCAAACAACUCUUACUAGACACGGUACUUUAAGUAGUCCCAAAACCAUGAUUAAUAUAUCUGAUCAAACAAUGCAUAUGAUUCCCACAUCACCUUCCCAUGGUUCAAUAGCAGGUUUCCAAGGAUACUCCCCUCAGAGGAACUACAGGUCAGAAGUGUCCUCACCAGUGCAAAGAGGAGACGUAACAAUUGACCGCAGACAUAGGCCGCAUCAUACCAAGCAGCAUGUCUUUGUGCCUGACAGAAGGUCGAUGCCAGCAGGUCUGAGUGUGCAGCCUAUUAGUCCCCAGAGCUUGCAAGGCAAAACGCCAGAGGAGCUCACGCUGCUGCUUAUAAAGCUGAGAAGGCAGCAAGCCGAACUGAGUAGUAUCCGGGAACACACAUUAGCACAACUCAUGCAACUAAAACUUGAGGCCAGCAGCCCAAAGAAUGAGAUUCUUUCUCAUCACCUUCAAAGGAAUGCCAUAUAUUUGGAUCAUCAGAUGAAAGAGAAUGAACCUUUAAUCAUCAUGGUUCACACUAUGAUUGAGAACUCGGCGCUAAGACCACAACUGUACCAUCAACUAACACAAGAUGAAUGUAGGGGAACUCUGUACAAAUACAGAUCUGAAGAGCUGGAUAUUGAUGCUAAACUCAGCCGAUUAUGCGAGCAAGACAAAGUCGUGCAGGCCCUGGAAGAGAAGCUUCAGCAGCUGCACAAGGAAAAAUACACACUUGAGCAAGCUUUGCUAUCAGCCAGUCAAGAGAUAGAAAUGAAUGCAGAAAAUCCGGCCGCCAUCCAGAACGUCAUCUUGCAAAGGGAUGAUUUACAGAACGGGCUCCUUAGCACUUGUCGAGAAGUGUCUCGCGCUACGGCAGAGCUUGAGAGAGCAUGGCGGGAAUACGACAAACUAGAAUAUGAUGUCACAGUCACAAAGAACCACAUGCAGGAGCAGCUGGAGCGGCUGGGGGAAGUUCAGACUGAGUCAGCUGGUAUACAGCGUGCUCAAAUACAGAAGGAGCUUUGGCGAAUUCAGGAUGUCAUGGAAGGUUUGAGUAAACAUAAGCAGCAAAGAAACAGCACCACAGAGGCAGGGAUCCUUUCAUCAAAUGCUUUUUCAUCCAAGUACAAAAACGAGGAAGAGGAAGUAGUCCCACCUCGUCCUCCACUCCCUCGGUCCUAUGACUUUGCAGAGCAUCCUCCCAUAAUCCCCCCUCUGCCCAGUGAUAGCAGCUCCUUGCUCUGUUAUAGCAGGGGCCCAGUACAUCUGCCUGAAGAGAGGAAGAUUCACCAAGUUCAAGGAUACCAAAGAAACGGAGCUCACUGUGGUCCAGAUUACAGACUUUAUAAAAGUGAGCCUGAGCUAACAACUGUGGCAGAAGUUGACGAGUCAAAUGGGGAAGACAAGGCCGAGCCAGUUUCAGAGUCUGAAACUUCUGCAUUGAAAGGCUCACAUUUUCCCAUUGGGGUUGUACCUCCCAGAACAAAGUCACCAACCCCAGAAUCUUCAACAAUAGCGUCUUAUGUGACUUUGAGGAAAACAAAGAAGAUCGACCUAAGACUGGAAAGGCCGAGAAGUGCAGUGGAGCAGCUAUGCUUGGCGGAAAGCACUCGCCCUCGAAUGACACUGGAGGAGCAGAUGGAAAGAAUCAAAAGGCACCAGCAGGCUUGUCUGAGAGAGAAGAAAAAAGGACUGAAUCUUAUUGGAGUCUCGGAUCUCUCCCCUUCACAGAGCCCAUCCCUUGUCAGAGAGAACCCUUUUAAACUGUCUCAGAACCAAAGGAAGGAUGAUUUUGUCUGUAUUACCAAGGAAUUGGAGUAUGCUAUUGGAGUGGAUGAUGGGGGCCCAAGCCAUCAAAACUGUGCAGAAGACGCACCCUGGCUGAAAAAGAGUGAUCAUGCAAAUGAACAUAAUUCCCGUUUCAUUACUCAGUUACCAAAAAGUGAAAGUCCACUGUCACCAGAUGCAUUAGAGCCAAAGGAAGACAAUCCCAACGAAGGGGCUCAAAAGCCAAAAGAUUUAGAAAAGACAGAAGAUCCUGAUGACAGCCUGAAGAAUGAGGCCCCCGUUAUAAAUCACAAACCUGAAAGCAGCACAGAGGAGAGUGAAGAAGCCAGCAUUCAAGACCCGGAGGACACCAUUUCUUCAUUUGAAAUGCCAGCACAGACUUCAAGAGGGAACUCUGCAGCAGCAGCUCUCCCAGCUUCUGCUGAAACUAUUCAUGGCUGACUUAUGGACCUAUGGAAAUAAGAUGAUAUUGUACAGUCAGUUUUAUGAAAUCUAUGAAAUUCAUAGUUUUGAUGCUUUUGGCCACAGAGCAUCGUUUUAAUCACUUCAUGGAAAAUGUUUAUUCCAAGAGAGCUUUAAAUGCCCCAACAGUACCCUCGACGAUCUGGAGACUGUUCUUCUGACACCAGCCUGCUGCUAGGAUUUCCAUCCACGUAACUAAGGGUUCUUUUUGACAUGCGGCCUACAAUCGGAACCUUCACUCCUGGGUUUUCCCCAGCGUGAGGUUUUUAAUUAUGAAUUCAGUUAAGUUUGAAUGUUUGCUUCCUUCAUUCGUUACUUUUACAGAUCACCACUUCAACCUCAUUUAUGCUUUUAAAAAUGGAUCAUGUGUUAUCUUCACCUUUUUUGAUUUGUAAAUGUUUUAUUCUCUAUUUAAAGUGUGCCAAUUUUUAUUAUUGCCGAGUUAACGGUGUACCCUGUUUCUCCUCUGUAAUUAUUUCUCGGUCAAAAUGCAAUGUCAGUUACUGCCAUACUGUUAACAUAUACAUGAAUGUUAGUGUUUACUUUUCUCUCUUGCUCCUUUUUUAAAUGAAGGGUAGGGAUUUUGAGGUACUGGGCUCUUCCUCUGUUGGAAUAGGGUGUGUACAGCAAUAAGCAGGUAUUCAGUUCCCAGUUAGUUUGUGUACAAAUGUAAUUAUGUUCAUUGUGUAUAUAUUAUACAAUGAGCACAACCAAUGUAAGUAUAAGAAGCCACUUACUAUUGUUCAAAUGCAAAUGUUCAUAUCUCAUUUCUUUUAUAUCAUGUUAUAAAUAAAUGUUGAUGUUCUUAA